AUGUCUGGUUCUUUCUUAAACUAUAAAACAGAAUUUUUGCCUUAUUUCUCUGAACAACUGUCUUCAACUCUUGUUUUUCAAUUCGUACAAAAUUAUCACGAUUAUUUAUUUAUUGUCUACUUUGUGUCUAAUUUCUUGUUUUACUAUUCAGAGAGGAGACAAGCAGAAGCUGCACGCAUUAGGGAGAAGUAUCCUGAUAGAAUACCUGUAAUUGUGGAAAAGGCCGGAAGGAGUGACGUUCCUGAUAUUGAUAAGAAGAAAUAUCUUGUGCCAGCUGAUUUGACUGUUGGGCAAUUUGUCUAUGUUAUCCGUAAAAGGAUUAAACUCAGUGCUGAAAAGGCUAUAUUUGUGUUUGUGAAGAACACAUUACCUCCAACUGUUGCAUUGAUGUCUGCAAUCUACGAGGAGAACAAGGAUGAAGAUGGUUUUCUUUACAUGAGUUACAGUGGGGAGAAUACCUUUGGAUCCCAUCAAAAGCAGCAGGAUUUUUCUGCGUAAAUGAAACAGGAAGAUUUAUGUUCUCAACUGUUAAUUAAUAUUAAUGCUCUAAAGAGCUUAUAUAUUCUGCUCAUCUUUUUUUGGAUUUAUGCUAUUAAAGUAUUGGAGGAAGUUUAACUUGGAACUGAAUGGAUUUAUAUAAAUUCUAGUAAUCUGAUCUCGAAUUGCCUUA